AUGGAACUCCCAGAUGUUCAGAUUGAAGACAUCGCAGUCUCUGCUCCUAAAAAAUUGUGCAUAAUUGGAGCUGGACCCGCGGGAUUAGCAGCAUUGAAGGUUAUUCUGGAUACUCCUCAAUACAAAAGCGAACGAUGGAUUCCUGUGGCCUACGAGGCCAGAGACCAAGUAGGUGGAGUCUGGCUCCCUGCAUUGCCUACGGCAGAUGACCCACCAGUUACCCCGCUGUAUGAUUCGCUCACCACUAAUCUCCCGCACCCUGUAAUGGCAUACACAAGCUUCCCAUUUCCCCCGGGAACCCCCGUGUUUCCUCGAGCACAUGUCGUGGAAACUUACCUAGAAUCGUAUGCGAAGAGAUUCAACUUAAUACCUCAUAUUCAGCUUGCUACCUCGGUGGACGCAGUAGAACGCUUAUUGGAUGGCCAAGAUCAAUGGAAAGUCAAACUUUCCACCGGUCAAAUCGAGGUUUUUGACUUCCUAGUCGUGUGUAAUGGUCAUUAUCGUGUACCACGCUACCCAGAUAUUCCUAGUCUCGCAAGUUGGCGGGCCUCGAAAAAAGCUAUGCACUCUGCUUGGUAUCGCCAUCCGAUACAAGACUAUGGAAAUAUUGUGCUUGUCAUCGGUGCUGGACCCAGUGGGCUUGAUAUAUCAUCUGAAAUGGCUGAAAAUGGUACUACCGUUAUACAUUCAGUUCGUGGAAGUUCGAGCGAAGAUCUUGGUAAUAUCAAACGUCGUGGCUCAGUCGUUGAAUUCAAGAACAACGGUGCGGUGCUAUUCGAAGAUGGAACGAUUGAGCAAGGCAUCACCUUCUGUAUCAUAGCUACAGGAUACGAGAUUGCCUUUCCUUUCCUUCCUGACCCCAGCAUCAUUCGGAAUACGUUACCACCCCCCAUUCCUCCCAUUCCAAAAUCACUUUACAACUCAACUUUCCACUUGUUUCCGUUGGCGAAACACAUCUUUCCACUGAGUUACCAGCACCCAACUAUCGCUUUCUUGGGGCUUCUAAUCCGGGUAGCGCCGUUCCCGCUCCUGGAGGCUCAGGCUAGGGCUACGGUCCAUGUCUUUGCAAACCCGUCCACGUUGGAUUUUACUCGGGAAGCAGUGGAUAUCAUGGCACGCUCUGCUAGCCUUUCCUCCGUAUUAGGGUCUGAAGAUCCUUUGGAAAUUGCUCAAUCCUGGCAUCGAUUCGAAGACCACGAACAAUUUGAUUAUCGAGAUGACUUGUACGAAUUUGCUGAUGCUUCGACCCAGGAAGGUACAAGCGGCAUCGAAGGAAGGAUUGUCGUCCCAGAUUGGGAGAAGAAGAUGUAUGAUGCCAAAGGAGUAUUGCGGCAGUUCUGGGUUUCAUUGGAAAAAAAGGGAUUGGCAGAAGAAUGGGUGAGAGGAGUAGGUAGGAAUGGCCUGCACGAAUGGGUAGAGCUUUUGGAGAGAAUGUUGAGAGAAGCAACGAAAGACACUGGGGAAAGUGCCAAAGGAGAGACCAUAGAGGCUGAUCAGUCGAAACUUUAA